CGUAGUGCUUGAGAAAACAUGGCGACACGCACUGGCGCGGCGCUGCUGUCCUUCGGUCGGGGACUAAAUUCUGGUUUUGGGCUCGAUAAAUCUUUCAACAGAGCUUCGUAUGCUACAGCGCUAUCUGUAAACUCUUCUCCUGGAAACAGAGGCCCCCCAGGACGAACUGGCAGAGGACCUGCCAACAGAAAACCCAGACGAGAUGCCGGGGAGCCCAGAACGGAGAAGAUGCCGCUGGAUCAAGACUGGACCGCAGUUUAUCCAGCUGCAACGUCUUUCAGAGCGGGCGCCGUCCCCCUCCCUGUGAGGAUGGGAUACCCUGUGAAGGGAGGUGUGGCUCCAGAGAAGAGGGGCAACCUGGAGCUCAUCAAGAUACCAAAUUUCCUUCAUUUGACUCCAGCUGCAAUCAAGAAACACUGUGAGGCUUUGAAACCGUUCUGCACCGAGUGGCCCUCUGCCUUGGACACCGAAGCAAAAUGUGACGAGCACUUCCCCGUCAAAAUAGAGAGCACAGACUUUGUGUCUGCAGGCCCGUCGCUCAGAAACCCCGCGGCUCGGGUCGUCCACCUCAGAGUAAAGCUGUCCAGCCUGAACCUGGACGACCACGCGCGCAAGAAACUGCUCAAGCUGGUUGGCGACAGAUACUGCAAGGACACCGAUAUCCUCACCAUCAAAACAGACAGCUGCCCUCUGAGACAGCAGAACUACGACUACGCCAUGUACCUGCUCACCGUCCUCUACCAUGAAUCUUGGAAAACUGAGGCCUGGGAGGCAAGUAAGACUGUGGCAGACAUGGAGGAGUACAGCUGGGAGGACAGCCCGUCGCAGAAGAACAUCCUGGACGUGCUGCUUCGAAUGAAAGAGGCAGGCGAGGAGGACAGCGAGGGAAUGCGGGAGCAGCUGCUGGGACGAAAAGAGGUGCAGGACUACAAGGAAUCGGUCACCAGGCUCAAGAAUGAAGGAGAGAACGAGAGCAGCAUGUUGCAGUACAAAGAGGCGGUCAAGAAACUUCUCAACCUGUAAUAUAACUUACUAUACAAAUGAAUUUUCAACAAAGAGGGUGAAGAAGACUGAAAGGAAACUGUCGCCAUUUUGGACUCUUGUUGAACAGCAAUACCACGGAUUACUGUCUCAUCUACGUAUCAGGUGUAUGCUGCGAUCUUUAAUAUAAAAAUA